AUGUCAGAGACAGAAGUAGAGCAACUGGGUUCGCCGAGAUUCAUUCGGACUGGGAACCACCGAGCUGCCCUUCCUGAAGGGCUGAGCCCGAAUAGCCCUGAUCCUGAUAGCCUUGAUGAGAAUGACUUAAGCUUGUUGGUGGAAAGGUUGGGAAAGCCAUUGUCGUAUGCCAGCAUUGGAUACUGGAACGAUGAGUUGGUGAAAAUUGCUUAUGAGGAGGAGCGAAGGUCGAUCCAGCUGCAUUACCUGGACCCCGCGGAGGCGGGUGACUGGAGCAGAGAUCGUGUGAAGCGCGCGAUCAAUGCAGCCAUAAGUUUAUUGGAGGACGAUCAGUUGGCUACGCGCUUGAACUGGAUGUUUGUGUGUCCAAAUCAUACGUACGCGGAGACUGUGAGAACCCGGUUCGCUGCCUAUGCUAACAGCGCUAACUUGGUGGCCCAGCGCCAGCUGUUUGUGCACAUGGUGACCGAAGAUUCUGGCCCGCAAGCUAUCCUAAAUUUAUUUCUACGGCAAAGGCAUCCAGGCAGGCGAGGGGCCAGAGACCUGACGAUAACGUCUCACACGCUGCUGCAAAGCGCCCCAUACUUUUUCCCUCAAGAUGUGGACGUGGUCAUUGACAUGGGAUUGCAGACGGUGUCAACCAAAUUUCCGUGGAACAAUCAGCUACAAUACAACAUCACCAGUCAGCUAACGUCUGACGACCUUUUAACCCGCACGGCGGCUGCAGGCAGGUUCUCUGGCCGCCGUUUAACAAGGCUCGCUAACGGCCGUCGAAAGGAAGGCGACGACGUGGAUGUGGAGUAUUUCGUGUGUGCUUCGGAAGACAUGAUUAGUGACUCAACAUCCACUGUCGGAAGUCCAUCCUCAGCCAACGCGUCACUUAUCAUUCCCUCACUCCUUAUGUCUCUGUUAAGACCUAGUACCGGUGGGAACAUCGAUAAGAACGUUGGAGGAGAGGUGAUGGACGGGGUAGGAUCGAUAUAUGGCAAACUAGUUUUGCCCAAGUUGCCUUUCGCUCCUGUGGUGGAGGGUGUGCUGCAAUUGCUUGCCAAUACCGGUUGUGUUAACGGCAUCGGAGGGUUAGUAGAGACCAGGUGCUACAACUUUAUGGGAUGGCUAGGGCUUUUGGAAGACGAGUGGUUGGCGGCUUUAAUGACCAACUCGGAGGAGGCCGGAUGUGUCGGUGAAGCGGCGGCAAUAUCGGCGAUGCUGUUGAAAUGUCCGCAUCCUUUCGAGGAGACGCGGAGUGGGGUUUCCAAAAUCGAUCGAUUGAGACUGAACCAAUUGUACUUCGCGGUGUCCGAAGGAGACUUUAUGACGUUAGGCAACGUGCUCUUCGAGUUCAGCCAACACGAUCAACAGUGGUGCAGAAGUCACGGACUGAAAUGGCAACAGCUUACCGACGCGCAGAUGUACCACUGCCAACUUGUCGAAUUUUACAAGUCCAAGACGGGUGCUAAAGUGCCUUCGAACGCUCUGGAAAUUGCCAAGGUGUUAACGAACACAUUUCUACCCUCCAUGGCCGAACUUCGGGCAGACAACGAGUACAGGCUCAUUCGGCACACACUCUUCCCCGGGAUGAAGAAUAACCUACCAUGCUCGAACGAAGACAUCGUGAUCCAUCUGGCGCAAGAUUCAGUGGCGCACGUGCAACCAUGCCUACCUAGCAAAAUCACUUUCUGGAAAGGAGUUGCAGAUGGAACCAUUUUGUCUAGCGAAGUAGGCGUCAGCAAACGAAUGGACAUGUCCGACUCACUGAAGUGGCCAGUAUUCGUCAGUCACUAUCACCGCGUCGGUGCCUAG